CGUAGUCUCCGCCCUUCAGCUCACGCCCCGUAACGGUGGGCGCGCUCUCGCGAGACCACGUCCGCGGCGUCGCGAUGGAGGAGCCAUGCCCCGGCACUGCUCGGCCGCGGGCUGCUGCACCCGCGACACGCGCGAGACCCGGACCCGCGGGAUCUCUUUCCACAGGCUGCCCAAGAAGGACAACCCCCGACGUGGACUCUGGCUGGCCAACUGCCGGCGGCUGGACCCCAGCGGGCAGGGGCUCUGGGACCCCGCGUCCGAGUACAUCUACUUCUGCUCCAAACACUUCGAGGAGAACUGCUUUGAGCUGGUGGGGAUCAGUGGCUAUCAUAGGCUAAAGGAAGGGGCCGUCCCCACCAUAUUCGAGUCUUUCUCCAAGCUGCGGCGGACUUCCAAAGCCAAGACGCAUGGGUUCCACCCAGGCUCUCCCGAUCUUGCCCGACUCAGGAGACGCAGACGCCGCUGUUCUGCCGGCCUGCCGCCCCCUCCCCCUGUAAAUAGCACCCUGGUGAACGGGCCGGCUCCUGGUGAUGUCCCCUGCUUCCCCGGGGAAGAGCUGCCUGCCCCCGAAGGCCCCGCUCCCCCAGAGAGCCUGCCGGCCCUGCCACCCUCACCGGCUCCCAGCGGCCUCGUGAGCCCCUUCUCUGACCUCCUGGAGCCCCUGGCACCCCACGGGGAGGAAGCGAGCUGCGCGACACCCCCCUCCCCCGAGCAGGAGCCCUCACCCUCCACGGCCCGGCCCGUGUCCCCCUCAGCCUACAUGCUGCGGCUGCCCCCGCCGGCCGGGGCCUACAUCCAGAGCGAGCACAGCUACCAGGUGGGCAGCGCGCUGCUGUGGAAGAGGCGGGCUGAGGCGGCCCUGGACGCCCUGGACAAAGCCCAGCGCCAGCUACAGGCCUGCAAGCGCCGAGAGCAGCGUCUGCGCCUGAGGAUCGCUCGGCUGCAGCAGGAGCGAGUGCGAGACAAGCGGGCCCAGGGGGAUGCCCGGCAGGCCCCGAAAGAGCACUCACAAGGCUUCGAACCACAGUGAAGGACGUCGGUGGAGGGCUGGGACUUGGGGUGCCAGCCAGGCUGCCCCAGACCUCUGGCUUGCUUUGUGGGGGAGGGGCCAAAACACCGUAUUUCUGGCACUUUGGGUGAUCUGAGUUCCUUCUGCUCCCUCCCCGCACAGUCACCUGCCCAGGCAGAGCGCCGGCACCAACAGGGUCUUGUUUCCUUUGCGUCUGUGCCAAGCCAUUCUGCGACGGUCAAAGGGAACACUGCAGCCCACCUAAGGACGGCGGCCCUGGGGGCAGGCCCGGCCCUCUGCCCAAGGCUCCUCCAGCACCCGGAGGACUCCCGACCUCCACACACAGCACAGUGCUCAUCCUCCCCCCGCCCGAAAGGCAGACAAGCAGACUGACCGGCCAGAGUCCUUUAUUUCCGCCCAGAGCAGUCCCUCACUAGGAAAGGACCCUCUGGGGUGUUGGGGACCGAGGCCUGCACUUGCCAAUCUGGGCCUUUCCCCUGGCACCCUCCCCUCUGGAUGAGCUUCAGAAGCCCCCCGACACAGGCCGCAAACCGGCAAGGAAGGACAGAAGGGCCACCAAAGCCGGGGCCCAGCCAAGGACACAUCUGCCCCACUAGGUAGAGGUGGCCAGUGUGGCUGCCAGGGGCCCCUCCCUCCCUCGGGCCGUGGCCCCUCAGCUCCUGCCACCCCUCCAAGUGGUGACAGCCUGGGGGUCCUGGGGCUCGGCCCAGCCCUGUCUUUGGACAUCAGGGCAGGGGAGGGCAGUGACACGCCCCAACCCCCAGCCUAAAAGGUAAGAGGCCUAGAAAAUAAAACCGGCCCCGGAGAAAGGAAUAGCGGCA